GAUAGUAUUUUCGCAACAGUUAGGCACAUUUCUCCUCAAUUUCAUUGUUUCCCUAAACUGUACAUUUAUUACAGGAAUAACACAUUUAUUACAGAAAAUCUUUAAUCAAUUCGUCCAUAUUUCAGUUGUUCAUAUUUCAUAUUUCUGUUUUAUGAUAUUUCCGUCCUCGAUUCGCCACUUUCUCUACAGAUCACUCCCAGGGCAUUUUAUUGCGUCUGUCAUUGCAGCAAAAUUUCCAAAACAAAAAUAAACUGGAGCUCCAGAAGUCUCGUGACGCGUCUGUAAUGCGUGCGUGUGACGCGCGCUGGGGAGGGGGAGCGCGAGCUGCAGCACUGCUGGAAAGGAGGAGGAAACAAGGAUGGCGGAGUCACACCUCUCAAGCCAAAGGAUGUGAAUCCCGGCAACCUGUCUGUGUAGAACAGCUCUAGCCGAGCCAAGGGAAAGAGUGCAGUUCAAACAAGCAUGAGGCUGCUGGCCUCCACGCUACACCGACUGCAACAAACAAGCGUCGCCCCUAUGGAGUUUUAACCCCUGCAGGAGUACAGGCUGCCUCGGUCCACCAACACUGGUGAAGGAACACAGGUAUGUAUGAGCACAUACAGAUAUAACAGCCCCUCCCUUUGGUUCUGCCCUUGAAUAACGAACAAAAUACUAGAGCAAGAGAAAGAGCGAAAGACUAAGGGUCCCAUGUGCCAUUGGGCAGCGGGGCUUUCGCCAUGAGCAGUACUCUGGGCAAAGAUAAAGACUCUAAGGAGAGGGAACCCAAAGCUGAAGGGAAAUCCAAAACCAAAGGGAAAGAUGCCAAAGACGGGAAGAAAGACACGAGCGGCGCUUCGCCCGCAGUGGCCUUCACGUUGGACAGCACGAUAAAGCGGCCCAACCCGCCGCCCAGCACGCGCAAAAAAUCCAGCAACGCUGAGGUUAUCAAGGAGUUGAACAAGUGCCGUGAGGAGAACUCAAUGCGCCUGGACUUGUCCAAGAGAUCCAUCCAUCUCUUGCCCUCUUCCAUUAAGGAGUUGACACAGCUGACCGAGCUCUACCUGUACAGCAACAAGCUGCAAAGUCUGCCGCCCGAGUUGGGAUGCCUGUCGGGACUGGUGACGCUGGCGCUCAGCGAGAACUCUCUCACCAGCCUGCCCGACUCCCUGGACAACCUGAAGAAGUUGCGUAUGCUCGACCUGCGGCAUAACAAGCUGCGGGAGAUCCCCGCUGUGGUGUACCGCGUCACCUCCCUCACCACGCUCUACCUGCGCUUUAAUCGGAUCACCACCGUGGAGAAGGACAUCAAGAAUCUGUCCAAACUCACCAUGCUCAGCAUCCGAGAGAACAAGAUUAAACAGCUGCCCGCAGAGAUCGGUGAGCUCUGUAACUUAAUUACGCUGGAUGUAGCCCACAACCAGUUGGAGCACCUUCCUAAAGAGAUCGGCAAUUGCACUCAGAUCACCAACCUUGACCUGCAGCACAAUGAACUUCUUGACCUACCUGAGACUAUAGGUAAUUUGUCGAGUAUAAACCGUCUGGGUCUGAGAUACAAUCGCUUAUCAGCGAUCCCUCGAUCUUUAGCAAAGUGCCGAGAGCUGGAAGAGCUCAACCUUGAAAACAACAACAUCUCAGUGUUACCAGAGGGGCUUCUGUCCAGUCUGGUGAACCUGACGAGUCUGACGCUGGCACGGAACUGUUUCCAGUCUUAUCCAGUGGGCGGCCCAUCCCAGUUUUCCACCAUCUACUCACUCAAUAUGGAGCACAACCGUAUCAACAAGAUCCCCUUCGGUAUCUUCUCCCGAGCCAAAGUGCUCAGCAAGCUCAAUAUGAAGGACAACCAGUUAACAUCUCUUCCGCUGGAUUUUGGGACGUGGACCAGUAUGGUGGAGCUGAAUCUGGCAACAAACCAGCUUACCAAGAUUCCGGAGGAUAUCUGUGGACUUGUGUCUUUAGAGGUCCUCAUAUUGUCCAACAAUCUUUUGAAGAAGUUGCCUCAUGGGAUUGGGAACUUAAGGAAACUACGAGAGCUUGACCUUGAGGAGAACAAACUGGAGUCCCUCCCGAAUGAGAUUGCCUACCUUAAGGAUCUGCAGAAACUUGUGUUGACCAAUAAUCAGCUGACCACUUUGCCGAGAGGAAUCGGUCACCUGACCAACCUGACAUACCUGGGCUUGGGAGAGAAUCUACUGCAGCACCUACCUGAGGAGAUCGGCACACUGGAGAACCUCGAGGACCUGUACCUGAACGACAACCCUAACCUGCACAGUCUGCCGUUCGAGCUGGCCCUGUGCAGUAAGCUGUCCAUCAUGAGCAUAGAGAACUGCCCCCUCAGCCACCUUCCACCGCAGAUUGUCGCCGGAGGCCCUUCGUUCAUCAUCCAGUUCCUCAAGAUGCAGGGUCCCUACCGUGCCAUGGUCUGAGACGCUCACACACUGUACAAAGAGGAAACCGAAUCGCCACAUGGCGUUACCUUGUCGUCGUCAUUAUAUCUAGGACAAGAAACUGUGCAACUGGGUUCCAUUUGAUGGAGGAAUCAUAGCCAGUUAGGUCCCCUUUACCCCCGUAGAAACAACGUCUAGACUUCUGUUGCCAAAAUUAAUGUACAUUAGUGAUUCUGAAGAGGCGCUCUUAAAAUGUUUCAAUCAUUUUGCCAAUUUAUUGAAAGUCAUUACAGGGGUUUCGAUGCCAUGAAACAGUUGUAUGCAAAAACAAAACAUUUUUACAAGUUCAUUUUUGCUGCUGCUGCCGCCAUACUGUAUGCGAGUUAUUUGAUUUGAUUAUUUUCUUUUUUUUUUUUAUUUAGCCACAGGUUUUUUUUUUUUUUCUUUUUUUUAUCAUCCCACAACCAAAAGAUUUUUAUUGUACAGAGGACCUGUUUGGAAGCAGUGAACAAAUGUUAGUGUUUUUUUUAUAUAUAUAUAUAUAUAAAUAUAUAUAUUAAUUGUUGUUAUUAUUAUAGAAUUGUGCCUAUCCAGUGCAGUUGGGUGGUUUGUGUCUGAACAUAAUUAUCCAAGAGGUUUUUAAUACAAAAAGGAUGAAUUUGCAAAAGUAUAAUUUAUUCCAUAAUUUCUUUUCAUUUUGUAAUGAUUGUUGAUUAUUUUGUCAAUCCCUUUUUUAAAUAUUCAUUCCUGUUCGCUAUUUGGACGUGUUGCUGCGCUUGACGUUUUAAAAUGAUAAAUCUGCAAUUCUUUUUUUUUUCUUUUUUUUUUUCUGCGAUUAUAGUGAAAACGAAGCAACAGAUGAAUCAAAAAUCACUUUUGACAGAAAUCACGUCAUGGGUUUAGCUAGUUCGAGCUAGUGCGUCACCCUGGUAUCGGGGUCUCUGUUCUGAAAGUGGGGUUUGUAAUUGUUUACUCGUUUGCCAUAUCCACAGUGUUGCGCUCUGCUUGUGUCCUAUUGGUGAGAGUCGCAUCUACAUAUCAUAUCAGGUGCUGAACAAUGCUAGCAGUUAAAGGCCCACGUUUACUGUGAGGAAUGCCAAACGCCCAUUCAACAUUACUUUCAUCCUUUUUUUUAUUUUUUAUUCCGCAUUUGAAGGAUUUCCUGGUCCGUGUCAUCGGAUUGGUUUUAAACUUCUUCACUCGAUUUCUGCUCUUUUAAAUUUCCAGAAUAUUAAACAAUGGUUACUUUUUUUUUUGCACCGUUUGUCCCACAUACCGCCCCUCUAAUGCUGCUGCCUUUAAUGCACUUUGUAUUGAUAUUUGGCAUCCUCCACAAGUAAAAGGGUCGUGAUAUUUCAUGUUACCGAUUAAACAUAUGGAUGGGGGCAUUUAUUAUUAUUAUUUCUGAAGUAUUUUAUCUUUUAUUUUAAUUCUCUAUCAUGUAUAUUUUAUAACAAUGAAUGAAAAGAUUUGCCUCAGCAAAUUCGAACGUUAACAUUCUUUUAAGAACCUUAUUCUUCUUUCUCUUUAUUAAAUGUUUUGAUUUAAACUUCUGUCUGACUAGUUUUUCUAUACAUUUAAAAAUUCCUAUCAGUUUCAAAUGGUGCAGAUCAAGUAUUGCAAUUAAAAACUGAAAUGUUUUGAUUAUAUAAACUUGCUGACUUUUUUUUUUUUUUUUUAUCUCACCUUUUUAAAAAAAAUGUUUUGUUCAAGAAAAGAUGGAAUUUCUUUUGGUUUAGUAUUAUAUCAAGUGACUGUAAAUUUCCACCACAGUUUAUCAAGCCAAUAUUUUGUUUGUGUUCUGUCCACGCGGUUUCUUUUUUUUUUUUUUUUUUCUUUCCACGUUCCCUCUCGCUCUUUCCUUUGAUCCGUAAAGACAUUGUGUGCAUUGGCAGCAGUGUAAAGGCUUUGGAGAGGCACUUCACAUUCGUGGGGCCAUGAAAAGGACACAAAUUGCUGCUUUUUUAUCAACCAGCAGAACCUGUUGCUGCUUACGGACCUCCUAGAAACGUAAUGCUGUAAAAGAACCGGCCCAUGUGAGACGUUACGGACUGGGUUCUCGGGCCGGUUCUACCAGCAUAACCGUUCUGCUACAGAUGAACUCCCUCUGGACCUGCUCGGCCGAUACGGUGCAUAUCUUGAGCCGGACACAGACGCUGAAUAAAAACAAAAAAUGACAAAAAUACAAACAUUGUAAAAAGGGCUUUCUCUGUUCAUGCUUAACUAUACACCAGAGGCAUUGCAUUCCUGGUUUUGUAUAAAAGCUUAGAACUGUACAUUUGAGUUUUCUUUUGUGUGUGAGUGUGUGUGCGUGAGUGUAUGUGUGUGAGGGAAUAGAUAGAUGUUAACAAAACGGAAUUAUGAUGUGACAAUAAAUGCCUUUGAGUACUUCAAGUGAGACGUGCAUUAGGGACACGUCCUUGUGAUGUGUCCCAUUUAAGUUUAAUUUUUUUUUUUUAAUUUAUGUGCCAUUUAUGCAGGAGAGUGAGGCUGGUUUUUACGUAGGGCAACAGUAUGAUCGGUUUUGGAUGAGAAUGCAUCACAAAUCAGGAAUGUAGUCAAAAAAGACAAUAAAAACAAUAAUUGUACUUUUGAUGGUGAAUAAUGAUAGUGCAGAGUUAUAAUCAGCCACGGUGGCAAUUUUAAUCUUGUAUUGUUCUGGUGAAUCCUUAUGAUUGGAGCUUAAGGGUAUGGUUCAUUAUUUUCUUGUCUGUGCAUUUAGGCCAUAGAAACUGUACAAAUGAAGGUCAUUUCCAUGUUUUUUUGUUGUUUUGUUUUUUAACGGGAAUGUUAUGUUUCCUGCUUUUUUCUUGCCUUGCUAUGUAUAGGAAACAAGCAUGUUAAUUUUCUUUUUUCUUUUUUUAAGAUUCAUAUUUGUCUGGUUGGGUGGACAGGGAUGUAAAAAAAAGAAGUACAAAAGAUAAAAAUGUUCUUUCGUAACUGCAAAAAUGUUUUUCUUUUUUGUUUUCUUUUUUCUUUUUUUUACACCUCAUAGGGUAUCAAGUGUUGUGUGGACAUGUCCUAACCUACUUUUCUCUAGAAAAAAACAGCCUUAAAGGUGACUCUUGAUUUCUCUUUCUUUUUGACUCAGCCCGAACAAGUAACAGGACCCUCUUCCAUCAGAUCAAGUCUUUGCUUUGAUAAGCAUUCUUCAAAUAAAUGUUCAUUUGACUGCCUUA